AUGGCUUCUACUCUUGCACCAGUUCGUGUAUCAUCCCCUGCUCCAACACCAAGCAAGAAGGCUGCUGCAGCCCUGGCAAAUAUAUCACUAGACUCACCAACCAAGCCAUCAGAAGACGAGGAUACCCUUCCAGUUUUCAUCGAUGAUCGCAAACGUUCAGUCUCGCCGGAAUCUCAGAAUGCCGAGGAGGACCUUGAAGAACUUCGCAAGAAGUUUGUCGGUGAAAUUGAUCUACCGGAAAGCGAAGAGCCUUUGCUCAAAGAAUCCAAGCGCCGUUUCGUUCUUUUUCCUAUUCAAUACCACGAGAUAUGGCAAAUGUACAAGAAAGCUGAGGCAUCAUUCUGGACUGCCGAGGAGAUGGACCUCUCAAAGGACAUCCAUGACUGGACCAACCGUCUUAAUGACAACGAACGUCACUUUGUUUCGCAUGUCCUCGCCUUUUUCGCUGCAUCCGACGGCAUUGUUAAUGAAAACCUUGUUGAACGCUUCUCUAAUGAGGUCCAGGCCGCUGAGGCCCGGUGCUUCUACGGCUUCCAAAUCAUGAUGGAAAACAUUCACUCCGAGACCUACUCGCUUCUCAUUGACACUUACAUCAAGGAUUCUGCCCAGCGCGAAUACCUAUUUGACGCCAUGGAAACUAUUCCUUGCGUCAAGCGCAAGGCUGACUGGGCACUCAAGUGGAUAUCUGAUCAGCGUUCCACCUUUGGUGAGCGCUUGGUCGCCUUCGCUGCCGUUGAAGGCAUCUUCUUCUCUGGUUCCUUCGCAUCCAUCUUCUGGCUCAAGAAGCGCGGCCUCAUGCCCGGUCUCACGUUCUCCAAUGAGCUUAUCAGCCGUGAUGAGGGUAUGCAUACCGAUUUUGCUUGCUUGCUCUUUAGCCACCUCAAGCGUCGCCCGCACCCUGACACUGUCAAGUGUAUUAUUACUCAAGCUGUCGUCAUCGAGCAGGAAUUCUUGACUGAUGCCCUCCCUGUCGGCCUCAUCGGUAUGAAUGCCAAGCUCAUGUGCCAGUACAUCGAGUUCGUCGCAGACCGCUUGUUGGUGUCACUAGGCAACGACAAGGUGUACAACGCCACAAACCCAUUCGAUUUCAUGGACAUGAUCUCGCUACAGGGCAAGACCAACUUCUUCGAAAAGCGUGUGUCGGACUACUCAAAGGCGAACGUCAACCACACGAAUGCCAAGACCGAUCAGGUGUCGAGCAAGACUUUGUGA